AUGACUGUGUUAAGCGCGGCCAUAAGCACGAAGAGCAAAAUCUUGGUUUCGCGGCAGUUCCAGAAUAUCAGCAAAUGUGACUUAGACUCGCUGACUAUCCCAUUUCACAACCUAAUCGAACGGGAGAGAAGCGACCACACGUACAUCGAAACGGACAAAGUAAGAUAUGUGUACCAGCCAUUGGAUAGUAUUUACAUCUUCCUAAUAACGAACAUAAAUUCGAACAUAAUAGAAGACUUGGAAAUAAUUAAAGUACUUAGUCAGAUUAUUCAGGAUCUAUGUCAGGGCAAUAUCAACGAAAGUACCAUUUUGAAGAAGUGUUUUACAAUAAUAUUCUACAUCGAUGAGUUGAUAAAAAAUGGAGUACGAGAAAUAGUGAACAGUAAUCAAAUAAAAACCUACAUUGAAAUGGAAUCACAUGAGGAGAAAUUACAGACCAUAAUUAGGGAGAAUAAGGAAAAGGAGGAAAAAGAGAGAAGGAAAUUUAUUGCUUCCAAGUUGGAAAAAAAUAGGCAAAAACAGGGGAAAGCUGGUAGUAAUAGUUUUCUCUCCAGUGAUGGAAUCACAAACCUGGAUUAUGGCAACAACAUGGGAUAUAACACCAGCAUGGGUUACAACACCAGCAUGGGCUUCAACAACAACAUGGGCUUCAACACCAACAUGGGAUACAACACCAACAUGAUUGACCAAUUUCUGUACAAAACGGAGGAACCCAGUGAUGUGAUCCUUGAUGAGAGCUUCAAUGCAUAUAGAGGAAUGCAAAUCUCAAGCAAAAAAGAGCAAGUCAAAAUUCUAAACGUAGUUGACAGUAACAAAAUAGGUAACAAGCCAAACAUCAAUGUAAAUGCCCUCUUUGAUAAGCCCAUCAAUAUAGUUAUAAGUGAGCAUAUUAUAUGUACCUUAAGCUCGGAAGGAACUCUGUGCGAUUUGGACAUUCAAGGAACGUUCAACAUGCAAAUAAAUAAUCAAAAGUAUUCAAAAGUGAUCGUAGAAUUGGAUAACGAGUAUGCAGAUAAGGCCAAGAUACACCCCAUAUUAGACAAAAGUAGGUAUAACUCUAAUGUGCUUGAAUUAAAAGAUAAGGGAAAGAAUUUCCGAGUUAAUACAACCUAUCCAUUACUCAAAUGGAAAAUAAAUCACCUCAACGAUUCGUACAUACCGCUUAACAUUAGUUGUUGGCCAUGUGAAGACAAUGAAAGCACUCUCCUAAAUUUAGAAAUUGAAAAUAAAAGAAAGAACGUUGGUGAUGUGAUAUACGAUUUGAACAUUAUGAGCAAAGAUAAAGGCAUUAUCGAACAUGAUGGCAUUCUACUCGCGUGGAAGGUAGAUGCUCUGAAGAGCAACCAGAGUUGCCAAAUUGAAAUUUCCAUUCAGUCCAAGCCUGAGAGCGUUUUCCCCUUCUCUGUUGAGGCCAAGUCCAAUAUGCUGGCGCACAAAUUGAACGUCUUGAAGGUCUUCGACGAGGAUACAAACGAGGACAUCGAGUACGAAAUUAAGAAGAACAUUACUUACCUCUUCACCAUCAAUAAGUAG